UACUGCGGGUUUUUGGUGUUGGAUUACUAGGGCUGUCUUCCGCUCGAUGAAGCUUGCAACAACUCAUCAUGAUAUAUUAUUUAGGUGAGGAUUUCAUGAUUUACUGAUGAAGGUGAUAGUGUGUUAAUUGAAACAAGAGGAAACGGGGAGCAGUUUACUUGGGGGUAACCCUUGAAAUGGAGGACAUAGUGGGACAAGGGAUGAGGGUAACAGGUGGGAAGACGAGUGGACAGAUGCACAACCUCCUCGGGGAGUUCAAGGGAGUGUAUGAAAGCAGGUUGCAGCGACUUGAUGAUGCUGAACUUUGCGGAGAAGACACACAGAAGACGCGAGUGCGGGUGCUGCAGGCAUACGUGAACGACCUCAGUGAACAGAAUGAGGUGCUGGUGUCCACAGUGGAGGAACUGGAAAAGGAGGCUAACGAUCGUGUGGGGCUGCUGGAGAGUAAACUGAAGGGCACCUCUGGAUCUGUCAAGGAAUACAUGGCCAAGGCUCGGGACUUGGAGCGUGAGCUGCGCGCCCUCACCAUUGAGAAGACGAGGGCGGAUGCCAUGCUGGAGGAGCUACAGACCCGCCUUGGGAGACAGGAGGAGAGCAGUGGCGCACUAAGGGAAGAGAACUCUAACCUCAAUCACGAUGUCAACCAGCUUAUCUCUGUCAUCCGCACGACCAGGAACACUGGGCGAUGGGAGACCGAGGCUGUCCGCUUUCGUGAACUUUCGCAUGAUCAAGUUUUUGGUUCUCAUAUAGAGGCUGCAAGACUAAGGACAGUAGAAGAUGCUGAGGAGCGGUCCAGAGACCUGAGGGAUCAACUCCGACGUAAAGACGAACAGAUGGACAAACUACAGCAGGAGAUAGCCUUACUGAGGACACAGACCCGAGUCUCUCGUGAUGAGAGGCGUACUGAGGGACAAGCUGAGAGGGAAACCGUAGCACCUAGUCAGUCAGCUGAGAAAGAUUUUGCUAUCAUGCAGCUGAAGAGAGAUUUACGGCAAGCUGAGCAGCGUAUUGAGGAAAUGCAGCUAGAGGUAUCCAACAGAGAAAGGAAGAUUUCGACCCUCCAAUCACAGCUUACAGACUUGCACACACAAAUUGGCCGCCGCGAGUCCGAGAACACCGCCCACCAACAGACCAUUAAAAUGUUACAGGAGAAGCAGCGCUAUUCUGUAGGGGAGACAGCCAAGGCUGAGGAAGCGAUCCGUCAACUCAAGCUGGACCUGACACACGCCAAGGACUACGCGUCCAAAUCAUCCAAGGAUAUUGGACAUUAUGAACGGAAACUCCGGAACCAGGAACAUGACUUACAGGAGCUCCGAGACCAGAGGAAGAAAUCUAUGGAUGAGAUUGGAGUCCUCCAGGAGAGACUCAGAGACAGCCAGGUGUCUACGAAAGACCACCACGAGGUCCUCAAGUCGGAGCUGGCCCGUCGUGAUGAGACUAUCCAGAAACUUCGCAGGGACGUUCUGACCCUCCAGGAGAAACGGGAUGCGGCUGUCAGCGAGUUGGACAAGCAGACUAACAAUAUGAUCCAGUUUGAGGACAAGAACAAACGCUCCAAUGAUGAGUUACAUCGCCUAGAGGCAAGGAAUAAAAUUGUGGAGGAGGAACUAGCAUCUUUGAGGAAACAAGCAGAUGACUCUAAAUCAGACGCCACUUCUAAUGUAACCAAGCUGGCCAGAGUGGACGCGGAAUUAGAAACUCUGCGCUCACAGCACCACGAGUCGUUAGCCCAGGUCCAGAAGCUGACUGCAACAUUACAGAAGUUACAAGGAGCAUCAAAAGACACUAGAGAUGCCCUCACCUCAGAAUUAAGUAAUUACAGAAGUACCUACUAUGUGGCAGACCAUCAUGACAAUAUAGUGAAAUUGCGGAACGAGAACCGAGAAAUUGAUGACAAACUGAGAGAGGCAUUGUCUACAGCCCAGCACAGGGGAGAUGUCAUCAAGCAACUGAGGGAGGAGGUCAAACAGUACCAAUCCAGGGGUCAAGAUUUCCAGAGAAAGAUGGAGGCAAUGGACCAGGAUCUCCAACAGACUCACAAUCGCUACUCCAACCAGUGCCGUGAGAUUGACCGCCUACAGACCGAUGUCCAGGAGCGAAACUUGACCACUAGCCAGCAUGAAACUUACUUUAAGUCUGAGUUAGCUGACAGAGAAGAGGAAAUACACAGGCUGAAGGCUGAGGUUAACAUUCUGCAUGAAAAACUGUCCCAGACCAACUCACAGUUGUUAUCCCGAGAACAGCAAAUAGCCAAUCUCACUUCUAGCAUCAAAGAACUAGAGUCAGAGAUUGCCAGGAAGGACCUAGCCCUACAAAAGUUUGAUGUCGACCUCAUGAAUGUUGAUGAGGAGAGGUGCAAAGCUGAGGACAAUGUUUCCCGACGUGAUAUCAGUAUCCAGCAGCUAGAGCAGGACCUGGCCCAGGUGAAGGCUCAGUAUCGCGAGUCCGUGGAGGAGAACGGACGCCUGGAGGCUCGGAUACAGGCCUUCGCCAUCAACGCUCAGAGUGAACAGGAUGUCCUUAACUCAGAGGUGAAGCGGCGAGAGGAAGCCAUCAAACGUCUCAAGAUGGAAACCAUCACCAUGCAGGAGCGCAACAGUAAAUAUGAGGAGAAGGUAAACCAGAUGGACCGGGAGGUGGAGCAGCUUAAGAUGCAGCUACGCACUUCUCAAGCAGAGAACGACACAAAGAAGGGUACGAUCAGUAACCUGGAGUCGAACAUGAAUGACGCAAAGCGCCGUAACACUCAGUACCAGGAGGAUGUGAGUCGCCUGGAGGACCGUGUGCGUGAACUCAACAUUGAACUGACCUCCCUCCAGUCCCAGAGUGACAAACAACAGCACAAUAUUGGUACAAAGGAGGAACUGCUGAUAAACCUGAAAUCAGACCUGGCCAGUCUACAUAAACAGCAGAAGGAGUCCAUGAGUAAGGUGAAUAUCAGAGAUGACACAAUCCAGAAGCUGAAUUCUGAAAUAGGUCGUCUGAAGGGCAAACACCAUGAGAAGCUUGGUGAGGUGAACAAACAGUCGGACACCAUCAAGAAACUACAGGAGGCUCUCACCCAGUGUCAUAUCGACCUGGACAAGAGCCGAAAACUCACCGAACAGGAGGUGAGACGAAGAGAUGAGUCCAUUAAGACGUUACAGGAGGAUCUGAUGGAGUCUCAGGCCCAAUACAGCGCCUGUUAUAAUGAGGUGAGGCAAAAAUUAGCUUUCUGCAUCAUAAACUCAUAUCAGAUGGCUGUGGAACAAAACAACAUCCUAUGGAUGUCAGGUCAGAAAGAGGUGGCCCACAGGGACCAGGUGAUCCUCAAGGUACAGGGUGAACUGGACACCACACAGGAGAAGUACCAGGGAUGUAUGGAGGAGCUGAACAUUCGUGAAGAUGAGGUGAUUCGGCUGAAUGGCCGUGUGAAGCAGCUGCAGCAGGAAAUCAGGGACCUCAACGCGAAGUGUGAUCAGGACGAAAAGAAGAUUUCGGACGAUGAAAAGUCAAUUCAAAAAUUGCAACAUGAUCAUGAAAUUUCGUUACAAGAGAGAGAUCUAAAGAUGAAAAACCACUUACGAACAAUAGAGCAGCUGAAGUCGGAACUCCAGCUAGCCAGGAGCAGUCACGAACAGGAAGUGAAACGGAUCCAACAGGAUAUGGACCUUGUGCGCGAGGAACUUGAAAUGACACAUAACCAGAACAGUGACGGACAGAAGGAGAACCUGGACCACAAGACAACCAUCAUGGCACUCAACGACGAAAUUGACAGGAUGAAGAGGAUGCAGGAUGAUACUUCAAUCGAGAUGAAGCGUCAGAAUGACAAGCUACAUGAACAUGAGGUAUCUCUGGCCGAGUCCCGUCAGCAGAUCAUCCUACUGGAGGACCAGUUAGACAGCAGUCGUGAGGAAGGCCAUGCUCUAGAAUCAGAGCUGGACAGCUUCAAACAGAAGUAUGGCAAGAGUAUGAAUGAGGUCGGACAUUUAGAGGGAACUGUCAAAACUCUUCAGGACAAGCUGUCCGAGAGCCGUAAGCGGGAGCUGGAGAAGGAACAUCAGUUAGAGACACUGAAGAAUGAGCUGGAAAAUAUAGAGGCCUUGUACAGCGACACAAAACACGAGGUCAAUAAGUUUGAGGAGGUCAUUGAGCAGCUAACAACCGAGCUGCGCACCACCCAGGACGAACUGUCCAUGUCGAGCAACCGUGUCCACGAGUGUGAGGAGAACAUCAAAAACCUCAAGGACAGGAACGCAUUGCUCCAGUCAGAGUCUCUUACCCAUGAAGAGCGUGCUAAAAAACUGGAGAAUGAGCUUUACGUAUACCAGGGAGAUCACAGCCACACAGAUCAGGAGUACCUUGACAAGGAGGACAGGAUUGCCCACCUUGAUAUGGCCCUGGAAGAGACAAGGAGUGAACUUCAGGCCAAACUUAGACAGAUGUCUGACCAACAGGAUCAGAUCAACGAUCUCAAGGUUGAACUCGCCGCCGUCCGCGAACAGAAGAACAGUGCCAUGAAAGAGAAUGAUCGUCUGGAGCAGAGUAUCCAGCAGCUGCAGCUGAACCUUGCCUCAUCUCACCAACGCCACAAGUCCGACACCAACCGCCUACAGGACCAGCUGUCUCACAUGGAGGCUGAGCUGCGACAGAUCCAGGCACGGGGCCAGGCUGUCGAACAGGAGCUGGGCCAUCGCCAGGAACAACUCCUCCAGAGUGAAUCUCAGGUCAAAGCCUGUAGCAGUGACAUCGCAAACAAGAUGGAAGAGAUUGAGAAGCUAGAAGCAAACAUCAAAGAUAUGAAGAUAGAAAUCAGUCACCUCCAGGGAGCCAAGCAAAGGGCAGAAAACCAGGGAUCUGAGCUGCAGAAUGAGGUGGACCACCUGAAGACAGAUUUGUCUGAGGCCAGAGCCCAGUACAAGGACUGUGCACAGGAGCUGGCCCAUCACGAGGAGAAGCUGAUGCUGAUGGAGCAGAGUCUACAGACCACACAGGACCAACUAAGCCAGCGUGUCACGGAGGUGGUCAGGUAUGAACAGAUCAACCGAAAACUACAGAUGGAGGUGAAAACACUGCGAGAGCGUAACACAAGCUACGAAGAGGAAAUUGAGGAACAGAAGACCAUGAUUGACAAGCUCAGGAAGGACCUGGUCAACUCCAAGGAGGACCACCACUCGGCCGUACAGGAGGGCCUCGCCUACAAACAGCAAGCCCACAAAUACGAGGUGGAACUAGAGGGCGCACGAGAACAGGAGAAGAUGCUCAGUGACCAGGUAGAACAGCAGGAUCAGAUCCUCACCCAGCUGCAGCAGGAGAUCCGAGGGGAGCGUGAACGACAUCAGGAGACUGGCAAAAACCUACAGAUGGCACGCAAAAAUAACGCUGAUCUCCAAGACGAUUUCGAUUCUGCCCAAAGACACAUCAACGACCUCACCAACACGGUGAAGGACAAGGAUGAGCUGACCUCUAACCUGCGUGCUGACAUUGAGUCCAUGCACCAGCGACAGAUGGCUCUCAAGGAGGAGCUGGUGGAACGUGAAGGACAACUCAGGGUCGCAAAGCUCAACCUUCAAUCAGCCCAGAAACAAAUAGUGCACCACUCACAGGAGGUUGGGAGGUAUGAGGAGACACUGGGACAGCUUCAGAACGAUUUGGACCGAGUCCAGGAACAGUACAGGAAGACACAUGCUGCUCUGAUGGAGAAUGAACAGAAAGUUCAUGACCUCAAGGUCCAGCUGACCAAUGUUCAAGGUCACCACAAAGAGUCAAUGGAUCAACUAGGUGAGAAGUCCCGCCAGGUGGCAGCACUGAAGACUGACAUGGCAAAGUUACAACAGCAGAGCCAAGGGAUGUCCGACGAGAUCUCUCUUUACGAGGAGAAGAUGAGGGAGCUUACACAGGAACUCAGGAAAAUGCAGGAGCUUAACAGGGCUUCAGAGGAGGAGCUUGAGAACUUUGAGUUGCGGUACCAGGACAUACAACAGGAGCUGUUAAACACACAGGACAAAAACCGACAGUCCCUCCAUGACCUUGGGUCGUUGGAGGAGGAGUCCGUCGUCCUCAAAGUCGAGCUCAGCGCAAUCCAGGAAAAGUUCAAGGCAAAGAUAGAUGAAUCUGACAAGCUGCAUAAUGAGGUAGAGCUGCUGCGUCACAAUUACCAUAGUGCUAAUGAGGAGAUUCAAGGACUGAGAGUCGCCCUGGAGGAGUCCCGCUCUAAUGGUGACCGUCUUCAUCGAGAGAGUGAGCUUGUCGUACAGAAUGUCAACACAUGGGUUCAGGAACAGAAGCUUGCCAAUGAAAAGCUGGGAAACAAAAUUAGGGAACAAAGUAAAGCUAUAAUGACUCUCACAGCAGAAAAAGAACAAUUACUGGAACAGGUUGCUAAGCUACAGAAGCAGAUGAAUAAAAUGAAGAUUGAGUUAGAUGAGAGGAGAGAUGAUUCGGACAGAUUCAAGGCGCUGCAGAACCACUCCUCACACCAACAGGUGCUGCUCAACCAGCUGAGGAACAGACUGGAACAGCACGAAUCUGACCAGGACCAGGAGGUUCAGGGUAAGAUUGCUACAAUAGAGGACCUCCACACUCGCCUCAAGGUCAACAUCGACAACAUCCAGCUCCUAAACCAGCAGUUGGGAACGCUACAGAAGGAGAACCAUCGCCUUAGAAACGACCUUGAGCGAGAGAUGUCAGCCAGACAGACCAUGGAGUUACAGGUGGAAAGUAAAGAGCAGACUAUUGGCAGUCUUAAGUCACAGCUCGAUGCCCGCAAACACCUGUUGAUAGAGCAAAGCUCCCCCUAUAGGGAGCUGGAAAAACCACGUAAGGCCUACGGUAAAGGACUGGAUGAUGCUGGUAUCUCCAAUCCACAGGACCUGGACAAGAACUACUGGAUACAGCGAGUCGGCGAGCUUUCCAUUCAGCUACAGCAAAGCAGUGAGUACUGGUCUGACAAGGUCCGCAAUCUCUCCGGUCAGCUAGGCAAUGCACGGGCCAUCCCCACAUAAUACUGAAGUCAGCUACCAUCUCCACUAACUUAUAAAGGCUGUGUAAGGAGGACGCGUUAACACUGUGAUGUGAGGAUGGCAGUGUUGUUUGAUACUCACCUAGCAGACACCGGAUCCUCCAUCGACAGAAGUGUGGGACUCUUGGAACUAGGAAGUCAAUCAUAUUGUCAAUUAAGGUCAACAUUUUGCCAGAAAUCUUUCAACUGUAAAAAAGAUGUUUUUUUAUUUUUACCACAGAUCUGCCACUGUCCGUCCAUUGAAGUGUGGUCUAGUGAAUGUGAGCUUACACUCCUGUUUUAGUUUCAUGUAUAUUUUAUUUUUACCUCUACUCUUAGUCAAUGUUAGAUCUGAUGAGGGACCAGUUGUUGUAUUUAUUGUAUAACACACUGUAGGCCAUAAUGUGUACGGAGCCAAAGUGUGAUAGGUUUGGCCUACUUGUUACAAUUGAAUAAUUCAUAAAAGCAUGCUAGAUAAGUAUAACAGACAUCAUACUACCGGUAUCUUAUUAAAUUAUAUCAAUUUUUCACGAUGUUUUUUUAAAUCAUGUCCCAAAAUGUUUGUACAAAUCAAUGUAAAGCCUUAAAGCUAUAUCGUAGAAUAAGAAAUAUUUUGUAUUCCAUGUGUUUUGUGAUUGAUGAAUCAUUAGAGGAAUGUGUGAGACUAACACAGUGUAUAUUGCCAGUAUUGUAGGCGGCCGCCUAAGGAUGUCUGACCUAGGUAAUAACUCCGCGAUAGCAUUGAUACCGUGCUAGAGUCGGUAUAUUUCUGUUCUUAGAUUUUUAAAAGCAGCACUAUAAUUGAUUGUCGAUCAAAUAUAUUUUAAAAUCACAUUCAUUUUUUAUGGUUUCUUUUGAAGUAAUUUAUGAAGUUAUUAUUUAAUUAUAGGGUUUCCCUCUGUAUUGUUUUCAUGUCAUCGUCGUCCCUUACAGCACCGUAAGUCUAUAGUCUGUGUAGUUGUGUAAAGGUGCGUUGGGCCCAAACUAGCGUCCAUCAUUCAUUGGUCUGUGAUAACACUUUACUGAAUAUUGUACUUUUGAGUUUUAAUCACAUUUUACUACGAUAUUAAUGUCAGUAGCAUUUAUUUUGUUACGUAUGAAGAUUUAGAUGUCAAGGUCACAAAUGUUGAUCAAGGUUAUAUUUUACAGAUCCAGGUCACACAGUCAAUCACUUUGUGUAAAACUAGACCACAUAAUGUUAACCAAGGUCACAUUACUUUGAAUAAGGUUACUUUGCUAAGUCUAGGUCAUUCUGUAGCUCUAGGUCACACCUUAAAUAAGGUCACUUCAUGUUGACCAAGGUCAAUGGAUGUUGAUCAAGGUCACUGAGUGUUGAUCAAGGUCACUGAGUGUUGAUCAAGGUCACUGAAUGUUGAUCAAGGUCACUGAGUGUUGAUCAAUGUUACUAUGGCAACUCUAGGUUAUUUAGUCUGGUAUUUAUUGUGUUAUGAUGGGAAGGUGGUGAUCUCUCCCUAUUAUUCUUUAGUCUGUCUACAAAUAAUCAAUUAUAAGUGCUUGACAAGAUUCAAGCUUGAACUACAGUCCCUAGUAAGUGUGUGCUUUGUAAUCAAUUAAUAACACAUCGAAAUGUCUAGAUGAUGAGUAAAAGAUGACGACUCUAUCAAACUGUGUUAUAUAUACGGACACAACUUAUCAUUGACACUUUGAUAAGAUGUUGUGGAGAGUAAGGGAGAGACGUAUUGUGAAAUCCAUUCCCCUAGCAGCUGAAACUGUGAUCUCCUCUGGCAGACAAAGUGUGUUUAAUAUAUAGCAUGAGAGAUGUAUGAUUAUUUAUAGAAGAUUUGUGAUUGCCUGUCUCAUUAUGAAAUUUAUAUAUCUAUAUACAUUUUUUGUCAUUUUACAAUAAAACCCAGUCAGAACUGGUCGUACAGAUA